UGGAACGAUAAGGAUCGAAUCGAUGCCAUGCCUCUGUUGCCGAGCCCGGUGGCGGCGAGCCCUGCGACGCAGGAGGUGGUGCGGCGGUACCACUGCCGGCGGACGGCGCCGGGGCAGUGUAGCUCCGUGAACGUGCAGUACGCGGCGGCGCCGGUGCCGGUGGUGUGGUCGCUGGUGCGCCGCUUCGAUCGGCCGCAGGACUACAAGCAGUUCCUGCGCGACUGCGACCUGCGCGCGGGCGACGGCGGCGUCGGCAGCGUCCGGGAGGUCACCGUCGUGUCCGGGCUCCCCGCGGAGACCAGCACGGAGCGGCUGGACGCUCUGGACGAGGAGCGGCACCUGAUGAGCUUCACGGUGCUCGGCGGGGACCAUCGCCUGGCCAACUACCGGUCCACCAUCACGCUGCACGGACGGGGAGAGGGCACCGUGGUGGUGGAGUCCUACGUGGUGGACGUGCCGCAGGGGAACACCGGGGAGGAGACCUGCUUCUUCGCCGACACCAUCGUGCGAUGCAACCUCAAGGCCCUCGCCAGCAUCGCCGAGGAGAUGAACCGAGGAGCCGCCUCCUCAUCUAGAGCCGACGGCUUGAGACGCCUCUUCUCUUGAUUAACCAAGUACAAGUAGUCUUUUAUGCAUGUGUUUACUGUUUAGUAUAUAUGUAAAUAUUCGUAGCUGGAGCAGACGAUCGAGAAACACAUCGCCUCAGUGUUGAUAUUAUAAUUAUAGCUCGCUAGCUAAAGGUUUUAGUGAUUCUGUCAG